CCAAGAACAAAACCCAGAAACCAAUAAACCCAGAUCUCUUCGAUCUGGUUGGAGAUGCAGCCAUGCAGGGACCGAAGUUGGGGAUCUGGAUUCUGGAUCUACGGAUUGGUGGGUGCGGCGGGAGGAUUAGUGACUAGUGGAGCCGUCGCCGUCGCCGUCCUUCCUCCUUCUCCGAAUUUUGUUUGCGGCGGCGGGAUUGGUGGGUGGCUGGGUGUGAUAGUGCGACGGGAGGAGAGUGGAGAGAUGAGGAGAUGAGGAGAGGAGAGAUGACGGGAGGAGAGUGGAGAGAUGAGAAGAGAUGAAGAG